UUUUUCUCCUUAAAAUACCAAACUAAAUACCCUGAAGUAGCAUUUUCCUGUGGUAAGAGAUAACAAAUCAUUUACACCCGUAUUCACCAACUCUUUAACUCAUGAAUUUUCGUCUUAACCAGUGCGUCAGAGCGAAAUCGGUAUUCUCCAACCACAAAACCGUGCGUUAUACUUGCAUCUGAGCGUCGGAUCCUGAUUCACCGAUGGUGGUGGAUUAUUACACUGGUUAAUGUUAAGCAUGCGCAGAACGAUGCUAAGAUGAAAACUUUGUAAAGAUGGAUGCCGUGGGUGAUUUGUUGAUGUUAGAAGAGCUGCAGUCAUUUGAAAGGAGAUCACGACUGGUAGUAACAAACAGAGAUUGUGAUCUCGAUGUUUUAGAUGAUAUAGAUUUUCGUCGGCGGUACCGUUUGAAUAAAACAACGGUAUCGCAUAUAAUUGAUAUUCUAAGUGAAGAUUUGACCUGCAGUGCUAAGAACAACUAUUUAACUCCUGCCGAAAAAGUGUGUAUUGCCCUAAGGUUUUAUGCUUGUGGAACCUUUCAAUUAGUUCUUGGCGAUCUAAGUUCGGUCAGUCAACCGUCGGCUUGCAGGGCAAUAAAUCAGGUAUCACAAUGUCUUGCGAAGCUAUGCCCUCAGUAUAUCAGAUUGCCUGAUACAGAGCACGAAAGACGAGAAGUAAAAUAUGACUCUUCAUUAGUCAGUCAAAAGUUUUUCUCCAGGUUUGGAUUUCCUGGUGUUUAUGGAGCAAUUGAUUGCUCUUUAAUACCUAUUUCUAGUCCUGGUGGUAUAAGAGCUGAAAUGUUUCGAAGCAGAAAAGGGUUUUUUGCUUUAAAUGUACAGACUGUCUGCGAUGCAGACCUGUAUGUUCGAAAUAUUGUUGCUCGCUGGCCAGGAAGUACGCAUGACAUGACAGUUUUUAGCAAUUCUUAUGUUCGCGCAAAACUAGAAGCAGAAGUUCCUCCGGAGUACCAUUUGAUUGGUGAUACUGGAUAUGGAUGCAGAACGUAUCUGUUAACACCAUAUUUGGAUCCAACAUCAGAAGGACAGAGAAGGUAUAAUAAUUCUCACAUAUAUGCUAGGAACACCGUAGAGCGGCAAUACGGAGUAUGGAAGAGGCGUUUUUCCUGCAUUGGGUCAGGCCUCCGAUGUAAAGUGGAAAAUGCCAUGACUAUAAUAGUAGCAACAGCUGUGCUACACAAUAUAGCUCUGCAAAUGAAUGAUUUUUUUGAGGAAGAUGAUGAUACAGAAGAUGAAAAUACAAAUCCUGUAUUUCAAGAACGAAAUGUGGCAGGAUUUGCAAAACGCAAUGCAAUUGUCAGAGAGUAUUUCACAUAAUAAUGUAAAAAGAUUUUUUAAAAAAUAAUGCUGUUAAAUAAAUUUUUAUAUUAUAUUAUAAA